AGCUACUACAAUCACAAUAUCUCGCAAUACUUUCUAUAAGUGUCAUAUAUGCACAGACAUUAAAGAAAAUGGUUAAACACGAACGAUCCAUUCAUUUUUGAAGCCGAAUUACACCUCCUUCGGUAAUAUACAACAUGCAUUUAGGUGUAUUUAUCUUUGACUUGAUAUCGGUCAAAUUGCGCCAUUCAUCAUUGUAUUUUUAACAGGACGACAACAGUUUCAAGUAGGCAUAUACAUUGACAGAUUUGAAGAGUAAAGCGAACACAUACACUUAACAGGUAAUUUAUCGAAAUGUAUUGUAAUGUAAGGAAAUAAAAAGACGUUUGUUACGUGCACGUGUCGAUACGAUUUCAAAUGGCGUUUCAACUUAAAAAACUGCUGAACCGUUUUCAUCAAUUGAGCCACGUCUUCCUCAUCUUGAUAAUGCUCUGUGAAGAAACUAGAGGAAGCAUCCACGGAAAACUACGUCUGCGUGGAGAGUUUAUCAAGGGACUAUCUCCGGAUCGUAAAGAAAAUGUUCCCAAUGGUGAUGUUGAUCCUCAGAUGAGGCGAAUCUUUAAAAGGAAUGUCGGAGAAACAACGCCAACGACUUGUGAAGUGUAUGCAAGUAACCCUUAUAUAACAAAUGAGAUAGCGGAACUCGUCCUGGAUAAUCAAUUGAUACACUAUAAUUUAAUAUUUCCAGACUAUAAAGAUAAUCCGUUAUUAGAAAACAUGAGGAAAAAUUUCCAGAGCAACAGUAUGAGCAGAGCAAAUGGUAAACAUGGAAUGACUUUGUUAAACUUAGAUUUCAACUACCCUGUUUUGUCAUUGACUCUUUUGACGAUUGGUGUUAUUCAGAAACGCGUUGAACUACAGGACAGGCCAAUUCAUUGUCUCUGGGAGCUAACAGAGGCAGAAAAGAUCGACCUUAUGAUAGAACUGCUCCUGCGGGAUUUUAGCUCUAACGCCACAGAUACUACACUGCACGAAAUGGAUUAUAUAUGCCACGAGGUGAUCCGGAAUAAUAAACAGGGGGCGUAUUUUACAUAUCGCUGCUGCAAACAAGAUAUUGUGAGUGGAGAGAUACAUUGUAUAGACGACCUUCAUCUCGACGAUGUGUGGUUAUACGUCAUCUAUGUCAUGUUGAUAACACUUAAAAUCAUAGUACUACUGUUCGGACCUCUCGUCGUCCCUGCUUAUGUACAAAGCUUAUCACUUGAACAAGUCCCAUAUGUUGUCAAACUAAAAGAACCGCUCCCUAAGACAAUGUACAUCCUAACGGGACAAGAGCCCAAUCUUAAGUGUGAAAAUCGAUUAUUCUAUGAAGAUUUAAAACAAUUUCCGAAAUUCCAAACUGUUAUUCAAGAUAUGCCUACCGAUGAAAUAAUUGACGUGAAGUUUACAGAGUAUCACAUUGAUGUUGAUCAUAAGAACCUAUUGAUCGAAUCUAAAGUACCAGUGGGCGUAUUUCAAUCCCUAUAUCGCUCCUGUUGUUUGUGUAAGAUCCAACAAGUUUCGCCCUUCGAUGAGUGCUGUACUCGAAGCGUUUGCGGCUGUUUGGAAGCUCAGUGUCCUAUGUUUCCCAAAUGGAUCAACAUUUUUAAGUUAUUGGGGCGAUUUUGCAUCGUUCUACUAGUCCCAUUCCCAUUUUACAUGAGAAUAGUGCUGUAUUAUUUUACAGAAAAGGAUGAAAUCGUAGAACGUAUGACUGCCCUGACUCAACUAGGUUUGAAACCACGUUAUGAGUUCAAUCUGAUGGAAUACCUCUCCCCGACUCAUCCGAUGCUGCUUAUAAUCUACAUAUUCUAUUUGAUAACAGCCAGCGCAUUCGUUAUGUUCGCCUCAAGAAAGGAAGAGCAGACGAACACACUUAAGAGCAUCAUAACUGCAUCACUGUACGACAUGGAAAAUGUGUCAUAUCUAGAAGCAUUGGCCUUUCUGGUACGUACACUAAUAUGGCCCUUCAGGACAUUUGGAAUAUUUGGCUGCUUCAUUGGGAUUGUUUUCUGGCCUCUGACAUUACCAUUGGUGUUUAUUGUGAUAGCAUUUUACUGUUUACCCAUUGUUUACCUAACCUACAGAAUGCUUGUACACAUGAAAAACUAUAUAUUUAGGUCAAACAAGCCACCAAAGAGGCGAAAGAUUGUAGACCAUAUUCAAAGAGUUCGAGAAACCACGUUUAUUGAUACCAUUAGUCAAGCUACGGAAACUAAGAUUACAUUGAGCGAAUCAGAUUCAUGUUUCAUGAAAGUAGUGGAUAUCAUUGGAGGUGUACUUGUCAUAGGUUGUGUAUAUGCCCUGACUAUAAUGUUGGCUGAGUGCAUGGGAAUGAUCGUAGAGAUGGCGGUCUACACUUUGAUGGGCAUAAUAGUCAAUGCUAGUUCUGUCCUCAAAUACAUGAUGUUGAUCAUUCUUGUUCUAAUCUACGCCCAGUCCUGCUUCCAAAACGUUUACAAGAAAUACCUAAGCUUGAACAAAGCUCUGUUCGCAGACAUCAAGGGUCGAUUGAAAGAACUACAGGAGGUGGCCAAUUUGCCCUCUCAUCUCCAGGAAAAUAGAGCGUUUAAGGGGCAAGAACUCAGUGAGCAAGGAGAGCAUGAGUUACCAGACGAUAUUGCGAAGCGACAAAUUCCAACUUGGAUCAUCAAUGAUUUGAUACUUUUUCUAGACUCUGAAGAUAUGCCUCGGGUUCCUAUCAAGUUAUUUCAAGAAGUGUGCAUGAUCCGACUUGCCGGAAGUCCUGGCCCAGUCUAUGCUAGUUUACUAGUCGCUGCUUGUAAGCUGCUUAGUAUCAUUAUCUUCCUUCUCUUUGUGUUCGUUGUCAUAAUGACAUUUGGGAGCAUAUACAGAAUCUCGUCCACCAAUCAAACACUCGCAACAUUGGCUGGGGGCAUGGUUCCUUUCUUAUUUAAGCAUAAAAUCAUAUCUUCUGAAGCGCCUUGUGAACUUAACUCUGUAAGCUUCAAAAACAAAGUCAAUGAGGUGAUCGACAAUUUCAAACAAAUCUGGCCAAUGAAUGAUUUCACGUUCGAAUUGUUCAGUGAUGAAGAGGAACCAUCCGAAGAAGAUGAUAAAACAGAUGCACCUAAAGAGAAUGGUAAAGUCAAUGGCAAGGAUGAUAAAAAUGGAAAGGAUAAGAAAGAGAAAGAACUUAAAAGACCAAUAAGAAAAGAUAAUCAUGUAAACAUAUUAAUCGAUCUGCGGACAACGUCUUUUGGUAGAAGAACAAUAAGACAACCUCAAAACUCAAAUGAUGGAGACCUCGCCUCAAUUAUAUACACAUAAUGAGAAAAUGCUCAAAAACAUUAUAAAUUUAUAAAUGCUCAAUAGGUUCAUGGAUUGUGUAUUUUGCAAUGCAUCAAUUUCAAUUUCAUAUUUACGAAAGGUGAUAUUAUGAGUGCAUUCAAUUUUUGAAGCACUUGUAGAAGUAUUGUGAUAACCUUAUUCGACCCCGUCGACAGUAACAACUAUAUCAUUCAACUCUAAGUUGUAAUACAUGUAUCUAUGUGAUAUAAAAUUAUUAUUGAAUGGCGCAUGCUUUUAAUAGAAUUCACUGUGAUAUGAAGUUGUCGACAGAUGUGUGGCAACAUUCCAAACUAUAAUUUACUAUUUUGUAAAGUUUGCUACUAUUUCGCUGAAUAAAUAAAAACUUAUAUUUACACUUAGGCUCACUUGAUACGAGUACCAUGUAAUUAUUC